UGAUUUCCAAUUAGAAAUUGUUCAAACGCGUGAUAAAAAAUCAUUUUUUUCCGUUAUUUGCUUGUCUUUUUUGUAUUUUUUGCACUAAUUGUUGCCGAAAUGCGUUAUCUGUAGAAAAAUAAUGAAAAUGUUUGCUGCUUUUAGUGUAAUUUUAUAUGCAAUAACCGCUUUAUUUAGUCUGACAAAUAUUUUUCUGGCGUGUGGCGACAAAGUCAGUGUGGUGGAGUUGACCACUUUGUGGACGUUGAGCAAUCAAAAUGGCUCAAUAACAAAGUCGGGACUUAAAAUACCCAUAAGCGUUUACUCGGCGCUGAGCUCAGAAUAUGGCGAUGUUUUGCAGUCGAAAAACGAUGUAGAUCUGCGUUGGAUCGCUUACGAUAAUUGGACCUUUACUAAGCAUUUUAACGUCGAAGAAGAAGACUUUGCAAAUGUAAACGCGAUCAAUCUGACGAUCUACGGCAUUGACACAGUGUCGACCAUACGACUAAAUGGCGUACACAUUGGCAAAACGGACAAUAUGUUCAUGCGUUACAAUUUCGAUGUGCUGCGUCUGUUAAAGCAAGAAAAUAUAUUGGAAAUAGAAAUCCAAUCACCUAUUUGGAGGACCAAAGCGCUGGCGAACGAACAAGCGCCAUGGAUUAUAGUGCCACCAGAAUGUCCACCGGACUCUUUUAGAGGCGAAUGUCAUCGGAAUCUGUUGCGUAAGAUGCAGAUGAGUUUUGGCAGUGAUGUGGGACCAGCAGUGCCCUCGAUGGGUAUAUGGAAAACUAUAACUUUGGAGUAUUAUGAGGUCGCCAUUUUGCGUGUAGUCGAUAUUGCCGUGGUGCCUAAUACCACGCACUGGAUCAUGGAUGUGCAUACUUUCUUUGAUACGAGUCUAUCGUAUGACUUCUUUGGAAAUAUUACUUUAUUUGCACCCGACCUAUUAGAUGAAAAUCCACAUGAGGUUGGUCUAAAAACUAUAAGUUACCAAUCGCCUAAAGUCUCCUUCGAAGUACCGGUGCCCAAGGAAUCGGUCAAACUAUGGUGGCCUAAUGGCUAUGGCGAACCGAAUCUCUACCCAAUAUUUGUGUCCGCGACAUGCUGGGCUAAGACGGACAAGCCACUAUUGAUGGCAAAAACAAUUUCAGAAAAAUUAGUUUAUAUUGGCUUUAGAACUGUGGAAUUAGUUGAGGAUGCCGAAGAAGGACAGGGUCGCACAUUCUACUUUAAGGUCAAUAGUGUGCCAAUUUUCAUAAAGGGUGCGACAUAUCUACCCGCCGACAUAUUGCCCGAGAAGUAUGAUGACGCUGAAAAUGUGGAAUACAUUUUGCGUUUGGCUCACCAGGCGAAUAUGAAUAUGAUACGUGUCUGGGGCGGAGGUCUUUACGAGUCAAAAACCUUCUACGAUACCGCUGACAAGUUGGGUUUGCUGGUUUGGCAAGAUAUGGCAUUCACUAAUGCCACGUAUCCAGCUUCUACCCUCUUCCUCGAUUCAAUUCGUGUUGAAACAUCGCAGAAUGCCAAAUUUCUCGCGUCACAUCCAUCCUUAAUAUUAAUAGUGACAAACGAUGAGAUCGAAUUGUUUCUGGUCACGCAUAAAAAUGAUUUUGGCUCCGAGCUAGAAUACGAACGCUUAGAAAAUGAAUACAAACAAUUAUUCAUGGGCACGAUUAAACCGGAGCUAAAUGUCAUUUCACGCAAUUCCUUCGAUCCGCGUCCUGGACCAAUGAUCUCAACACCAUCGAAGGGUAUUGAGGAGAACAAGAAAGAUUUGCCACUCGAUUUGCAGAGCAUCAACUAUGGCGAUGUGCACUUUUGGGAGGAAGAUCUCGAUGGUUGCGAUCCAGAUAUAUACCCACGCGCACGCUUUGUCAGCGAAUAUGGUUUUCAGAGUAUGCCAGCAAUAACAUCGUGGAAUCUGACAAUGAAGACAAACGACAGCAUCGCCGAUUUGAUCAAACAUCGGCAGCACAACCCGCUUGGUAUGACGCCGAUGUUGCAGUUAAUCGAACGCCAUAUACCAUUUCGUGCAUCCAGCUGGGAGCAAGACAUCAACGACUUGGUCUACUUCAGCCAGCUUACGCAAGCUAUGGCCGUUAAAACAGGCACGGACGUAUUUCGCAGUCAGAGCGUAAAUCGUCGUACGAUGGGCGCCAUAUAUUGGCAUUUGAAUGAUGUAUGGGUGGCCCCCACCUGGUCUAGCAUUGACUACUACGGCAAUUUUAAGCUUCUUUACUAUUGGUCCAAGGAAUUCUUCGCUCCACUUUAUAUAGUCGCUUUGAAUGAUACCAACAAUAAGCGCAUCAAUAUAACGUUGAUCAGAGAAGAGUACACGGAAUAUUCUGAUGCGCGCAAAUAUGUUGAAACGAUAAAUUUCUACUAUUGGGAUAAAUUGAUUAGCAGAAAAUCGAUUACUCGUGAUGAAGUUUUGGAGACAAAUUCGGCGCAAACGCGCUCAGUGCCGCUGGAUGAAAUCAUAUCUUCCCCAUUUACUGUUAAUAACUGCUUCUUAGAAUUUACGCUGAGUAACACUAACGGAGAAGUACUGGCGUCAACAUUUUUUUUACCCACGAAUAUGAAGAACAUUGUGGGCAUAACUGAUCCGAAAAUAACGGUCGAGAUAUCCUGGCGAUAUUGCAAUGAGGACGCGCUGUCGCUAAAACGCCAAAUCGCUUAUAGUCUCUUGGUGCGUAUCAAUUCGCCAGCGCUGUACGUGUUCAUACAAAUCGUACAUCCGCAAAUCAAGAGAUAUAAACUCUCACAUAACGGUUUCAUACAAGCAGAUCCGGUUAAAAUCGUGCAUUUGGAAUAUGAGCAUGCGUCGGAAUGUAUGAGCAUCUCGAAUGAGAAUAUAAAAGUGCAAACCAUGAACCAAUAUCUAUUGGCAGACGCGGCGAAAAAGGCGCAAAAUGCAACGAGCGCACGAAGACGGCGACGCCGAAAACUGGACUUGUGAUAAGACGAAUUUUCGAUAACUGAUGUUUAAUAUAUAAGAUCUGCAUAUACAUACAUACACAUAUCUAAUAUGUAUGUUUAGUGAUAAGUGUGUGUGCGUUUGUGUGUACGUGAUGUGAUAUAUAAUAUAUAUGAUUUAACAAGUGUUUGAGAUUUAUUGACAGGUGUGUCUUAAUAUGACAAAAUCUGUUUAUAUGAAAUGUUAUUAUUGUUAUUGUAAGCUAUAAAAAUUGUAAAUAUAUUUGGUUAAGUGAUAAAGCACACUGUCUGCAAA